AGUAUUUAUUUUCCGCCACCUCACCGUGUUUCUCUCUGUCUCUUCCCCUUCCCGCAUAACUUCUCUCUUUCGUUCUCGUCGUUCUUGAACGGCAUCGUCUCUUUCUAUCCCGAAAUCGCCGUGAUUCGCCGAAGUGAUAUCGAUUACUUCACUCGUUGCAGACCGCAGAAGCAGAUUUUCUGAGUUUUUUUGAGCUAUUGCAAUGGUGAGGAAGAAGAAGCCAGAUACCUAUGGCGGUGAGAGCUCUGAAUCCCAUGAAAGUGGUGGCUACAAUCCUCCAGCACAACAACAAGGAUAUGGUCCCCAAGGAGGAAGGGGUUUGGACUCUCAGUCGCAUCAUGAUCAAGCAGGAUAUGGAGGCCGUGGUGGACCUCCACAGCGCGGUGGGAUGCAACCCCAGCGCGGUGGAAUGCAACCCCAACACGUGCAACCCCAGCAUGGUGGAAUGCAGCCCCAGCGAGGUGGAAUGCAGCCCCAGCGUGGUGGAAUGCAGCCCCAGCGUGGUGGAAUGCAACCCCAGCGAGGUGGAAUGCAGCCCCAGCGUGGCGGAAUGCAGCCCCAGCGCGGAGGAAUGCAGCCCCAGCGCGGCGGAAUGCCACCCCAGCAAUACUAUGGUGGCCCCCAAGAAUAUUCUCAACAAGGGAGGGGUUCUCAACAUUAUCCUCGUGGACCAUCACAACAGCGCCAUGGCAGUGGUGGCAUGGUUAGUGGACGCGGAAGUGGACCUUCGGAUGGUGGGCCUUCAAGGCCACCAUUUCCCGACCUGCACCAAGCUUCCCAGGCCUCUUUCCAGCCAGGGGUAACCACACCGCCCAUAGAAAUUCCGGAAGAAAUUCCUGCCGAAACAAUACCCUCAUCAAGUGCAGUAGACCCUAGCACCUUGCAACUGUCCUUGGAACUUCAACAGAUGUCUGUCCAGGAGGAAGGGUCGUCUAGCCAGGCCAUUCAACCUAUUGCACCUUCUAGCAAGUCUAUGAGGUUCCCUCUACGGCCAGGGAAAGGCAGUACUGGGGUGAAGUGCAUUGUAAAGGCUAAUCACUUUUUUGCUGAAUUGCCAGACAAAGAUCUGCACCAGUAUGAUGUGUCAAUUACCCCCGAAGUGACAUCAAGGGGUGUUAAUCGAGCUGUGAUUGGACAACUCGUGAAACUAUACAGAGAAUCUCAUCUUGCGAAACGCCUCCCUGCCUAUGAUGGAAGAAAGAGUUUGUAUACUGCAGGGCCUCUCCCCUUUUCCCAAAAGGAAUUUAAAAUAAUACUCACCGAUGAAGAUGAUGGCACAGGAGGUGCAAGGCGAGAAAGAGAAUUCAAGGUUGUGAUCAAGUUUGCCGCUCGUGCUGACUUGCAUCAUUUAGGAUUGUUUCUUGAGGGCAGACAGGCUGAUGCUCCGCAAGAAGCUCUACAGGUUCUUGAUAUCGUCCUAAGAGAAUUGCCGACAAUGAGGUUUUGCCCUGUUGGCCGCUCCUUCUAUUCUCCCGAUUUGGGAAGGAGGCAGCCGUUGGGUGAAGGACUGGAAAGCUGGCGUGGUUUUUACCAGAGUAUUCGCCCAACCCAGAUGGGACUGUCUCUGAAUAUUGACAUGUCGUCCACUGCCUUUAUUGAGCCAUUGCCUGUCAUAGAUUUUGUCACCCAGCUUUUGAACAAGGAUGUUGCUUCUAGACCAUUGUCUGAUGCUGACAGAGUCAAGAUUAAGAAGGCUCUUAGAGGAGUUAAGGUGGAAGUUACGCACAGGGGCAAUAUGUGCAGGAAGUACAGGAUAUCUGGCUUAACGUCGCAGACGACUCGUGAACUAACCUUCCCUGUUGAUGAUAGAGGCACUGUCAAAUCCGUUGUUCAGUACUUUCAAGAGACAUAUGGCUUCAUCAUCCAGCAUACUCAGUGGCCUUGUCUACAAGUUGGUAACCCACAAAGACCUAACUAUUUACCAAUGGAGGUCUGCAAAAUUGUUCAAGGGCAAAGGUACUCUAAGCGUUUGAAUGAGAGACAGAUUACUGCUCUGCUCAAGGUUACUUGUCAACGCCCGCAGGAAAGGGAAUACGACAUUCUGCAGACUGUCCGUCACAAUGCUUAUGCCCAGGACCCGUAUGCGAAAGAGUUUGGAAUCAAAAUCAGUGAUAAGCUUGCUUCGGUUGAAGCACGGAUUUUACCAGCUCCUUGGUUAAAAUACCAUGACUCUGGGAGGGAAAAAGACUGCCUUCCACAAGUUGGUCAGUGGAACAUGAUGAACAAGAAAGUUGUCAAUGGUGGGAAGGUAACCAGUUGGUUUUGUCUUAACUUUGCACGCAAUGUACCUGAUAACAUGGCUAAUAGUUUUAGUGCUGAGCUCGCACAAAUGUGUAAUGUGUCUGGAAUGGCAUUCAACCCACAACCUGUGCUCCCGUCAAUUAAUGCUCGACCAGAUCAAGUGGAAAGGGUUCUGAAAGCCCGUUUCCAUGAAGCCAUGACAAAAUUGCGACCCCACGGAAAGGAACUGGACCUUUUGAUUGUUAUUCUUCCGGAUAACAAUGGGAGUCUUUAUGGUGAUUUGAAGCGGAUAUGUGAGACAGAUCUUGGUGUUGUAUCUCAAUGCUGUUUGACAAAGCACGUAUUCAAGAUGAGUAAGCAAUAUCUUGCAAAUGUGGCUUUGAAGAUCAAUGUGAAGGUUGGUGGUAGGAAUACAGUUCUUCAAGAUGCAAUAUCAAGGACCAUACCUCUCGUUAGUGACAUUCCCACUAUCAUUUUUGGAGCUGAUGUGACCCAUCCCCAUCCCGGCGAGGACUCAAGUCCCUCUAUUGCAGCGGUCGUUGCUUCACAGGAUUGGCCUGAGAUCACCAAAUAUGCUGGCCUCGUAUCUGCUCAAGCGCAUCGACAGGAACUUAUCCAAGAUUUGUUCAAGAGCACGACUGAUCCGGUUAAGGGAACUAUAACUGGUGGCAUGAUAAAGGAACUUCUCAUAUCAUUUCGAAGGGCCACUGGACAGAAACCCUUAAGGAUUAUAUUCUACAGGGACGGUGUGAGCGAGGGUCAGUUUUAUCAGGUCCUCCUUUAUGAGCUUGAUGCAAUUAGGAAGGCUUGUGCUUCAUUGGAAGCAAAUUAUAUGCCUACAGUUACAUUUGUCGUUGUCCAGAAGCGUCACCACACUAGGUUGUUUGCAAACAAUCACCGUGAUCGCAAUACAAUAGACAGGAGUGGGAAUAUUCUUCCUGGUACCGUGGUGGAUUCUAAGAUAUGUCAUCCUACAGAGUUUGACUUCUAUCUCUGUAGUCAUGCCGGAAUUCAAGGUACCAGUAGGCCAGCCCACUACCAUGUCUUGUGGGAUGAAAAUGAGUUCACUGCAGAUGGCCUUCAGACUUUGACAAACAACCUAUGUUAUACAUAUGCAAGGUGCACCCGUUCUGUUUCUAUAGUCCCGCCUGCGUAUUAUGCGCAUUUGGCUGCAUUCAGGGCACGUUUUUACAUGGAACCAGAGACAUCAGACAGUGAAUCUAUGUCAAGUGGUGUAGCCGGAGGACGUGGUGGAGCAGGACAGCGUAACACAAGGGCACCGAAUCCAAAUGCUGCUGUGAGGCCUCUUCCCGCACUGAAGGAAAAUGUCAAGAGGGUCAUGUUCUACUGCUAGACAUCCGGAUUGAUCUACUAGCCUUUCCUAUCCUAUAAUUAUAUCUAUCUUUUUACUAUGUUUGAUUUGAAUGAGCAUUGUGAUGCUAAAACUCUACUCUAGUCUUCUUGUGAGAACCCUCCUCUUCUACCUUUGUUUGACCUAAAACUCUCUACCUUUUGAUUGUUUUGUGGUUUGUGGUGUUUCAAGUACUGAAUGGUUUGUUGUUGGAUGUUUGACUCAGAUACUGUUUGCUGAGAGUUGAAUGCUUUUGAAAUUUUAAU